UACAAUUUCAAUAGCCUCAGACUGGGUAUAAAGCAAGCAAUCUUCAGACACAGGGAAUCAAACAAGUUCCAACGGUUCAACCAGUCCUAGCAGUCAACGCUCAAAUUUAAAACAAAACCAACAACAAGAUGCCUUGCAAAGGAUGCGGAAACAACUGCCAGUGCACAUCGGGCCAAUGCGGAAGCACCUGUGCCGGUAACACCCAGUGCCAAUGCGCCGCCAAAACAGGAGCCAAGUGCUGCAAGGCCAAGUGAUUGUGUGCCAUGAAUAGUACUUAAUUAGCUACCAAAUCUCCGACUGAUCCUUAUGCAAAUCUGAUGCAAAAAUAAAAUAAAAAUUAUGUUCUA